GCAACGUUUGAACUAAAUUACUCCUCGUCGGGAAGUGUGAAUAGGCAGAAGUUUGGAGACAGCAGAAUGGGAAUAUUUACAUGUUAAUGUCUACAUUAUGCAAGCCUUUGUUUUCAGUGAUCUACACAACUAGCGGCUGUCCCACCACGUCAUCGACUGUGUGUGUUUUUUUGUGUGAUAACUCUUUGAUCUCUAGCGCGUUAUCUGAACGAGUCAAACUUUUUCAACUUGAAUAUCAACGGAGUGAAUGUCAGUAUUGACAGUUCCAGAAAUGUCAUUUGAUCAAGAACAGGACAUCAUUUAUCCCAGUCAAACCGUACGAAGUGUUCGUCUGCUAGCGGCCACCGUGUCGCUGGCUUCAUCUGGAAACCGCCACUUUGAUAGCGAGGCUCACGCCAACUUCGCUUCUCCUGAUUACGAGUCAGCCACCAGCAAACUUGGAGCCGAUGGUCCAGGCCUCACACAACACCACAAUGACUAUCUUUCCAUCUUUCUGGAUGGGCACGGAACCACGCUAGCCUCCGCUAAUAACACGUACUCGCCAACCGAGUCAUUUUACGAGCAGUUUCUAAACAGGAGUGAGUUUAAGAUGCGGGAGGAUUUGUUCCGGUAUGUCAGCCCCGUGGUUAUUCUGUUAGGAAACAUCACAAAUAUUAUCGCACUCUUUGUGCUGCGGAGGAAAAAACUUCGUCGCACUUCGGUUUGUUUUUACAUGUGUGCAUACGCCUUGGCCAAUUUAUGUGUAUUAAAUUUAAUGCUUGGAGUGAUAUGGAUGUGUGAUAUGUUUCAAUUGGAAUACGUUACGUAUAUUGCGGACUGGACGUGUCGGCUGUGGACCUUCGUCAACAACGUGUUCACGUAUUGCGGUCUGUGGUUUGUGGUCGCUAUGAACAUCGACCGGCUGAUAUUUCUCACUUCGCGGUCCAACGCGCAAAGUCACUGCACCGUAUUCUCGGCCAAGGCUUCGGUGAUGGCCAUCAUGGUGGGUCUCAUUGUGGUUAGCAUUCACGCCAUGUGGACCUACGAGCUACAGAGUCAAGGCUGCUUCGUGGCCUUUGAACCCUACGACCUCCACAAGGUCAUCUGGCCGUGGCUGUCGGCCACGGUGUAUUCUUACCUGCCCUUGUCGCUGCUGAUCUGCUUGAACGUGGCCCAGGCCAUCGCCAUCUGCGUGAAGCACGUGAGAGAGGUCCCGAUCAGCCAGCCGGCAGACGGAUGCCAGGACACCUUCGUGGUGACCGUCAUGGUCGUCUCCCUGUCUGCCUUCAUCUUCAACAUGCCCGCCACAGUCACCAACGUCCUUGACAUUCACGUGCCUUCCAGCUGGAUCAGCGUGGAGUUCGUGGCCAAAAUGGAGCUCAUCAAAAAAAUCACGGAGCUUCUCUCCAGCCUGAACCACGUCCUGCUGGGGAUACAGCUGUUCGCCUGCUCCAGGGAGUUCAGGCACGAGUUCCUGGCGCUGCUCCGGGUGGUCUUCUGCUGCUUCACAUCCAAAAGGACGUUCAAAAUGUUCGAGAUGAGCCCCGCGUUCAACUCGGAGGACAGCAGCUCGCCGCACAGGCAAGUCGACUACCAGCUGUGCAACAACAACGAAGAAACGGUCACGUCCGUAUGAAGCACAACACCACAGACACCACGUGAUCAGUGGUGUGCAAAACAAUCUUGGGUAUCACUUGCAUUCGGAUUAAUCACGCUAAUGACUGAUGCAUUCGACACGCACAAUGGUGCAAAACAAUCUUGGUAUCAAGUGCAUUCGGAUUAAUCACGUUUAUGACUGAUGCAGUCGACACGCACAUUGGAAAUGGUAACUACAUAUAAGUAGUCAUACCAUUCAAGUGAGCUCUACCGUCAGUGAUGUUUCAGUCGGGGUCGGAUUUUAUAACAAUCCUAGUCAAUUACUGAAUAUAGCAAAAGUGUGAACAUAGACCAAGACAUGAUCACCAGAAGGUCUAUAUCAUAACAUAUACCAAGACGUGAUCACCAGAAGGUCUAUAUCAUAACAUAUACCAAGACGUGAUCACCAGAAGGUCUAUAUCAUAACAUAUACCAAGACGUGAUCACCACAAGGUCUAUAUCAUAACAUAUACCAAGACAUGAUCACCAGAAUGUCUAUAUCAUAACAUAGACCUAGACGUGAUCACCAGAAGGUCUAUAUCAUAACACAGACCAAGACAUGAUCACCAGAAGGUCUAUAUCAUAACACAGACCUAGACAUGAUCACCAGAAGGUCUAUAUCAUAACAUAGACCUAGACUUGAUCACCAGAAGGUCUAUAUCAUAACAUAGACCAAGACAUGAUCACCAGAAGGUCUAUAUCAUAACAUAGACCUAGACAUGAUCACAAGAAAGUCUAUGUUGUAAUCGUUUCCUUGAAGUAAUUCCCCUGAUUCAACUCUAGCGUAAACUAGUGAUACCUCAAUGCAUUUAUUUUCUAUCAUUGUUGCUGGAACAAAGCCAAUGCCCAGAGUUCCACGUCUGCCAAAAAGAACAGGUUAUGUUGUCAUACAGUUUAUUGUUGUGAAUGUUGCUUCCAAUGAUUUAAAACCAACAUUUUGUGCCGGCGCCAUCCGCGUUCCAGGCACAAUCUCAACUCACUGCUGUUAUUUCUUGGUUCGAAGUCUUUUUGGAAUUCAUCUCGUAGAUAAGGAUUCUGUUUUCUUAAUUCAACUUAGUGCUUUCACUAACCUAGAUACAUUUUCUUAGUUUGGCUUGAUAGGUUGCAUGGAAAUAACCAAAAUGCAUGACUCUCUUUCUAGUGUGUUUGUGUUUAUGUGUCGGAGUAUUUUAUUGAACUUUAGAAUGCGUUAGAGACAAUGUGCGACUGAAUGAAGCAUGCCACACACAAAGUAAGUUAAAUAUAUCGUUAUUUAUAAAGUAAUAGUCUGGACAAAACUAGAAUCAGAAAAAAACUAUAAUUAAAUAAUUAUUGCAAAAUAUUUUUUGUCGUUUCAACAGCAAAUUAAGACUUCUUACUUUGAUUUGUCACAAUAUGUUCAUAGAAAUUAAUGCAAAAAUGUAAACAUUGUAUGUAUGUAUGUGAAAAAAAGCACACAACAUUUUAAUAUGAAAUAAACACAAACGUGAGAGAUUUAUUACUGAUUCAAUUACUUUUCGUGAUUAAAAAUUAACAUAAGUAAAAAAAAGAUCAAUACUUAUAUCACACAGAUUAUUCUUAGAUAUUUUCCAGAGAAAAAUCGAGCCUCAAAUUGGCUCAUAAAACGUGGGACUAUAACACACCACACAUCUUCCCUAACUUUCCUGUAUUGUGGAGUGAGUGAGAUUCAACAGUUUAUUGAGGUCUUGCAUUUAUUUUGUUUAGUUUACAAAUGGUUGGCAUCUAGCAAACAGUAGAGACCAAACUGUGUCAUGAAUUAGUUACUUACAAUAAAUGGCAAUGUCAUGCAUUAUAUAUCUGUAUCAUUUUUUUUUUACAAGCAAAUAGGACAUUAUACAUUACACACACAUGAACUUUUUCUUUUUUGUUUGGUUGACGUGACCAACAACUUAAUGAACAUUUCUGUUCGUGGGCCCCGAGGUGGCCACGAAGUUGAUGAACGCUCCUAGUAUCAACUGGAUCUUGCAAUACAGUUACAAUUCUCAGCCCAUGUCAAUACAAUCCGCGAUUAAAAUCUCACCACCAUAAGCUUGGCCAACCCAUUGAAACAAAGGUCAAGCAAUAUUAAGUCACAACUAGCACUCUACACGUGAACUCUCUGCCGCACGACUGUCCAGCGAAAUCCUCAAGCCAACCAAGCGUGAAAAUAAUGGCUCGUCAUUUUUUAAAAAUAUUCUGAUCAUCAGGGGCGUAGCUAGAAAUUUCCCAUCUUUUAUCUUUUGGGGGCACGGGGGGGGGGGGCUUGACCUCUUUGUGGACCCUGCAUUUUGAGUAAUAUUUAAUAUUUAAUGUAAAAAAAACCCACUCAUUUGGGCGCCCCCCUCAAGUGGAGGCCCGGGGAUUUUCAAAUAUUCCACCCCUCUUCCCACCACCACCCUAGCUACGUCACUGCUAAUCAUAAA